AUGGCUUCCUGGAAGUCCACAGGCACCUACGUCGACGAGGUUCCCCCACCUGGGGCGAACAUCGUCAGUGGCAUGUGGAUUUUCGGGGUGAAGCGGCUGUCAGGUUCUCCGCCUGUCUUCAAGGCGGGCUACAUGACCACUCUUCGGGUGCUGCUGCACAUAGCCGCUCAGCGCGACUACGAGCUUCACUCUCUUGACUUCAGCACAGCUUUCCUGCAAGGCAGCCUGCACGAGGAGAUCUGGCUGCGCCGCCCACCUGGCUUCACAGGGUCGUUCCCUCCUGGUACCCAGUGGAGCCUCCGGCGGCCAGUCUACGGUCUCCGCCAGGCGCCCCGUGAGUGGCACGACACACUGAGGACUAAACUUGCGUCUCUUGGGUUUGCUCCUUCUAGUGCCAACCCGUCGCUGUUUCUGCGCACCGACACCUCUUUGCCGUCGUUCUACAUCCUCGUGUACGUCAACGACUUGGUCUUUGCCACUGCUGACACUGCUGGACUCGCCCACGUGAAGUCCGAGCUGCAGAAGAGACACACGUGCACAGACCUGGGUGAACUGCGCAGCUACCUUAGCUUGCAGAUCACCCGGGAUAGAGCACUGCGCACCAUUACCCUGACUCAGUCACACAUGGUGCAGCAGGUCCUUCAGCGCUUCGACUUCACGUACUCCUCGCCUCAGGCCACUCCUCUGUCUACUCGCCACUCGCUCUCAGCUCUGCCUUCGGAUGAGUCCGUAGAGCCGACUGGCCCGUACCCAGAGCUUGUUGGCUGCCUCAUGUACCUGAUGACCUGCACACGACCUGACCUUGCAUACCCUCUUAGCAUCUUGGCACGCUAUGUUGCUCCUGGGAGACACCGACCAGAGCACAUGGCUGCAGCGAAGAGGGUGUUGCGCUACUUGUGCAGUACGUUGGGCAUGGGGCUAGUGCUUGGAGGGCGCAGUCUAGUGGUCCUCACUGGGCAUGUAGACGCUUCUUGGGCUGACGACCAGGCUACCUGUGAGGCUGAGAUCUACGCGGGGGCCAUGGCUGCACAGGAGCUACGCUGGCUCACCUACCUGCUAACUGACCUAGGAGAGCCGCCUCGUUCUCCUCCAGUUCUGUACGUAGACAACAAGGCCAUGCUGGCCUUGUGUCGGGAGCACAGACUGGAGCACAGAACAAAGCACAUUGCUCUUCGCUACUUCCUUGCUCGUGAGCUGCAGCAGCGUGGUCAGCUGCGCCUUGCUUACGUGGCCUCUGAGGCCAACAGUGCUGAUAUCUUUACCAAGGCACUUCCGCCUUGUGAUCAUCAGCGCUUCUGUACGAUGCUAGGUCUUGUGCCUACUUGGCCUCACUUGCUCACUUCUUGA